AUGUCUGAUACUGAACAAAAAACCAAGAGGGUAACAACCAUGAAGAAUGGUUUCAUAGUUAUUCCUUUCAAACUACCGUCGUUUGAUGUCUUGCCAUCAAAACAUAGUUGCUACCACUAUCUAUUUGCCAAAAAGCAUGAAUCAAACAAUGAAAAUGAACAAAAUUGCUUAUUUGUAAUGAACUUACCUUUACUGACCAACUUAGACAGCAUCAAAAGUAUAACAAGUCAGAUCUGUGAAAAAUAUGACACUGUCUCUCAUAUAGAAAAUCUAAUGUAUAAUGACGAAUUUGGUUUAAACGAAGUUGAUUUAUCUGUAUUGACAUCUGAUUUAAUGGCUGAGAACCAAGAUAUAAUAGAGAAGAGAUUUACUCCCAGAAAUACUGCAUUAGUUAAAUUCGUUGAUAAAUCAAGUUUAAACAAUUGUUUGAAUGCGUUAAAGAAAUAUUCAACAGCUUCAAAAUCUGAUAUAUUUGAAUGGAAAUAUAAUUCUCCAAGUAUUGAAACAUUUAUCAAUUUUUAUAGACCGUUAGACGUAGAAUAUUUAAAAGAAGACGUCCAUACACAUUUGUCAUUAUUUGAACAACGAGAACAACAAGCACAGGAAGACGUUCAAAGUUCUAUUGUUGACGAAGAUGGUUUUACACUUGUUGUUGGUAAAAAUACAAAGAACUUAAACUCUAUAAGGAAGAAAAUUUUGAACAGAAAUCCAUUGUUGAAGAACGAUUCUGCAGGUGUUACAAAACCAACUACUGCGGUAGAUAAGAAGGCAAAACAAGAUUUCUAUAGAUUCCAAGUUAGGGAACGUAAGAAGCAAGAGAUUAAUCAACUUCUAAGUAAAUUCAAGGAAGAUCAAGAGAGAAUUAAAGUCAUGAAAGAAAAAAGAAAGUUUAAUCCUUAUAAGAAUAGUUUAUAA